AUGAACCCGAUAUUCAGAUUUUAUUCUCAAUCUCUUAAAACGCACCCUAGGUUGACAAAUGGCUUAUCGGGAGGCAUUCUUUUCGGUCUGGGAGACAUCAUCGCCCAAUACAUGGAGAAAACUGAUGCUCCCUACGAUCCUGUGAGGACAUUGAGACCGUUUGUUUACGGUGCUUUGUUUGUUUCUGUAAUUGGUGUCAAAUGGUACCGCUUCCUCAACAAUUCUGUUAGAAUCAACGGUAAGCCUGCAGAUCAUUGGAUGAAUACAGCAGCCCGGGUUGCUUGCGACCAGUUGCUAUUUGCCCCAGUCGGUAUUCCGUUUUACUUCCUUUCGAUGGCGAUAUUGGAAGGUGGUACACCAGAGCAAAUAAGGCAAAAGCUGGCUGAUAAAUGGUGGCCUACUUUGGUUACUAACUGGUACAUUUGGCCGCUAUUCCAAACCUUUAACUUCACAAUUGUUCCUGUGCAUUACAGGUUGUUGACAGUGAACACCCUGUCUAUAUUUUGGAAUACAUUCCUAUCCUAUACGAAUUCGGAAGUGAAAGUACUAGUUGAUGAAGCCUAG